UCAUAGAAAGUCGAGCCGCUUAAAUGCAAUGAAAACUGAAAAGGUUUUUGCACUCUUGGGUAUGGAGUGAAGAAGACGAGGAGCAUUUCAUCUCAUAAAACAACGCAGUUCCGAAGAGCAGCGAUUCUAAUAUCCACUCACAAAGUAACACUCAUGGCAAAGAAGAUGAUGGCGCAGCAGCCACUUGAUCCGUGGCAUGUUGACUGUAUACUAUCCCAAAAACUCUCUCCCACUCUUAAUGGGAACAAGGAUUCCUCCUAUCCUCUAAGAACCAGAUUGAAAGUGCUAAGGAAGUCCCUGCUCCCCGACGAUUGUGCUGCAUUGAGAUCAGCAAAGCGUUUUAAAGAAACAGAAAAUGCAGCUAAUGCCACAUUGAGCAAGUCAGUGGAUGAAUUUAUUCCAACAAAAGAUAAAAUACCUCCCAAUGAUGAAUCGGAAUGCCACUCUUUCACCCAACACUCAGCGCAGUCAGAGACAAUGACUGAAACUAAAGGAUUUGACCAUGGUGAUCCUCCACCAACACAGGUUCCUGAGGCAGCAGUUCCCCCUGUUACUCCCAAGAUUAAUUUAAGUGACGGCAAAUCGAAGGAAGGAAUGAUUGCUCCUAAACAGGAAGAGCAGGAAUUUCAUUCUGAUGAUUCUGCUUUAGUCCCAGUACUUUGUUACAGAGUGAAAGAAGCAUCAGUUCCUGUACUUAGAAGUGUCCUAAAGAAGCAUGGAGAUAUUGCUGCAAAUUCCCAUAUGAAGAGUGUGGAGAUUCGGUCUCUUCUGUUGGGGCAGGUGUGUGAAAUUGUCCGAAAAUUACAGACAAAAAAAUAUAUAUAUCUUGUGCAAUUUGAAUUAGAGCAAAUGCUUGCGGUUGUUCAUGAUCUGAAAAGCGCAAACUUGGAAAUUGGCUGGCUACAUAAAAGGUUGGAGGAAAUUUUAGAGGCUAAACAGCAAGCCCAGCGCUUGCCAACUUUGAGAAAGGCUAUGACUAAAAGUACUCAACUUGUUCAGGUUAAGAAAACAAAGUUGGCAGUCUAUAAGACUGAGUUGCUAGCAAUUGAAGAAAGGCUCAAAUUAACAAAGGAGAAAAUCAGUUUAACUGAAAACGAACUGAGUGCUGCACAGGCUGAUGCUAAAAAGGACAACGAAACACUCUUAGAUGUUCAGAAGAAAACAGGAUAUUUUCUUGAACAUCCACUAGUGGAUGGUCUGCUGUGAUAUUUGCAGAACAGGGGAAAGUCUUCUUUGCUCACAAAAUUAUUGUAGUUCUACUGUUAUGAAUUUAAAUUUGAGAUGCGUGGCAUUUUCUUGGUUUAUUUCGUCCCGAACAUAAACUCAAGGAAGCUGUUCUUUAGCUAUGGAAUUGUUGAGGCAGGCAAAGGUUGUUUGUGUGUUUUUUUUUUUUUUUUUGCUAUGCAUUCUACUAGCUAUAUGUUCUCUUAGCUCUAAUCGUUAUACUAUUUGAACAUCAGUGUAAAAAAAGUCUUCUCUGCAUAUUUUGGAAAACUAAGAAGAAUCUCAGAGGCAGCUGAAACUUGGGUUAUCUCUAAGGAGUUUUUCAAUUGUAUUGUUAUGUUUACGGUUUUAUCUAGGAUAUUAUUGGCUGUCUGAGCAGUGAUGAAAUUUUUGUAUAAUGUAUCUGCUAAGGACUUCAAGUCGAG